UUUAGCCGUUAGCUUCACUUGCAGCUACCCUCUUCCGUGACACCUCUGUUUCUUCAAAUACCUCCAGUGUCUGCAGGAAAAGAGGGAUGCCGAGGCUCGUUUUGUGUAAAUUAACGCGUUAAAUCAAGUAUGGAGAGUUGAAUUCCGGCCUGUUUAAGUAAAGAAGUGGCAGGAUGAUGUUUGCUGUUGACUGAAGUCCAAACCAAGAACCAAAAUGAAGAGGAGGCUGCUGCAAGGUUUCCUGUCGGAAAUCUCCAUCCGGUUUGCUCUUCUGUUUGUGUUCCUUGUGACGGAGCAGCUCCCUCCUUUCUACCGAGAGAUCCAGGCCGAGGAGAUGUGGCUGUACAAGUUCCAUCGUGUGGAGUCGGACCACGUACCAACCCCUCUCAUGUUUAGUGUGGCUGUUUUAACCCCCCUGAUUAUAAUCGUGGUUUUUAAUCUGUUGAGAAAGUCUGAGCAUGGCGAUCUGAGAGAAGCCUCUCUGGCUGUGACUCUGACUCUGGUGCUCAAUGGAGUUUUUACCAAUGUCAUCAAACUUGUUGUUGGCAGGCCGAGGCCAGAUUUCUUCUAUCGCUGUUUCCCAGACGGUCAGAUGAACUUGGAGCUGCGCUGCAGCGGUGACCCAGAUGUUGUCAUAGAGGGACGAAAAAGCUUUCCCAGCGGACAUUCCUCUUUUGCUUUUGCAGGUUUGGGUUUCACAGCGCUGUACAUCGCAGGAAAGCUGCGCUGCUUCAGUCCGGCUGGCCAAGGCAGAGCAUGGCGGCUAUGUGCCUUCCUCACGCCUUUGCUCAUCGCAGCUGUAAUCGCUCUUUCCAGAACCUGCGACUACAAGCACCACUGGCAAGAUGUGUUAGUCGGGUCCAUGUUGGGUCUGGCCUUCGCCUGGCUCUGCUACAGGCAGCACUUUCCUCCGCUUCAGGACCCGGACUCCCACAGACCGAUCCGUCAGAGAGAGACUGUUCCCGUGGCGCAGGAGCGCAAGUUGGCCAACUCCACCUUCCUCUUGCCUCUGUAGAGCCGCUGCGACCUGAACGCUUUCCAUGGGAUUACAAGGAGAUCCGUGGAGUUACGGUUUUCAGAAUGACUGGGAUGGAAACUUUGUUAGUGUUUAUAUUUAUUGUUGGUUAUUACCGCUGCAGCUUUUGAAGUUUCUAUGAUUGUGAAUGAAUUGAUUACCAAAUCAUCAACAGUUCUAUUAGGCAAACUGAAAAGUGUCAUAACAUACCGGAUAUUUUAGUUUCAUGGUUCGACUUGAGUCUCCACCUGGCCCAGUUCUGUGCCUUCAGGUUACAACAACUGAGCCAAUUUAACUACACAACCACUGCAGUAGAAGCUUAACUGCAUUAGCCAUUAUUUGGUGACUUGAUUGUUUAUCUUGCAACUUUUUAAAUAAGCAGAUAAGCAGACACUAGAUCUAAUUUAUUUCCAUUAGUCUUUAUUCUUGACUGAGUAGAAGAUUUGUGGUUUUAAGGGUCUGUUCCAUAACAAUGCAGAUCUUUUGAAUCUACUUCAGUGGUCUUCUGGUAUUGAAGUGGUCGCAACACUGCAAAAACACAAAAACUUACCAAGUAUUUUUGAUCUAGUUUCCAAUCAAAUAUCUUAGUCCACUUGAAAUAAGACUAAACUAACUUACAAGUAACUUUUCAGCUACAUAUAGAAGCUUGUUUUCAAUAAAUAAUUGCUUACUAUUGAUGAACAAUUACUAGUUCUAUAACAUGGAAAAUUUUUCCAUGUUAUAAGUGAAAUAAUCGACCAGUGGAAUUAGCAUAUUUUGAUCAACAAUAAGGAAUUAUUGACUUAAAACAAGCUCCUAUAUCUUGCUGAAAAGUUACUUGUAAGAUAGUUUUAACUUAUUUCAAGUAUACUAAGAUAUCUAGACAAAGAAAAUUCUUAAGAUUUUGUGUUUUUGCAGUGAACAAUCAGGAUCAGAAACAUUAUGCUCAGAUUUUUCUCUGUUCAUCAUUUCUGACUCAAAGUAGCCAAAGCAAAACCCUGAAAAUUUGCAGGAUAUUGCCAACUUUUUGUGAAAGUAUUUUUUUUUUUUUUCCUUUAAGGACAGUGACAUGCUGUAAAUUGAUCUAAAAGCAACUGGGACCUUUUUAGCUAGCGUUUUCCACAUCUUCUCUUUAAGACACAUAUAUCAUCAUUUUCUGUUCAGGUUUGUUGCUUCAACACAAAGAUAAUGUUUGUAAAGCCUGUUUCUUGAAUUUCAGUAGGGUGGUGAUUUGCCCAGUGAGGAUUUCCAGGAGAAAUGCAGUGAAAUGUCUUCUCCUUCAUUUAACUCAGACACAGAGAAAGGAAGGAUUAUUGUUAAAGUAAAUCAUUUUCUUUCUUUAUUAGCUCAAAGCUCAACAAAAACAUCUCCAAUCACAUUAAUGGUCUGACUGUUUACUCCCUGUUUUGUAUUGAAUUAUUGAUUUUUGUAAUCCUCGAGUAAAACUGUUCUAACGAAAGAGAGGUUUUGUUGGGAGAGGAAAAAUCCAUCUUCUUUAUCAGUGUUUACUUCCCCAGUGCUCAUCCUGUUGACAUAUUCCCAUUGAAAAUGACCUCAAUCAGUCAUUAUUGUUUUUUUAUUGCUAUCAUCAGUCAUAGAUUAACAGGUUUUAUAGACAGGACUGUUAGAGAUAAGGACGUGACUGUGUAUCUGCUUAGAAAAGCAGUGAAAAGAAAAAUCAUGACUUAUGUUUCAUACUUUUUUAUGUUCAUUUGCUCUGUAAUGUGAUAUUGUUACGUGAGAAUCUAGUGUAAGCAGAGCUGAAUUAUAGGAAUCAUUUUAUGUGAAAAGGAAGGGAAAUGGGAGGAAAGUAAUUUUAGUAGUUUGUUUCCUUCAAAGGUAGAUUUGUGAUUUAGAUAAGUAGUGCAGCGCUGGGACUGUUUUCAGCCACAGAUUGAUGCACAUUUCAUUCGUUAAGACUUAAGCCACAAAAGUAGUUGGUUUCUUGAAUAAUUGAUGACUCAAAAUUAGUCGCACUCUUUUAUUAUCCAUCCGUUUUGUUUCGUCAGCAGGUCUCGUUUAUUGCUGCCUUUGUUUGUGUUGCUUUGAAUCUUUCUGUUUUGCUUUAGUAUUUCUUGAAUGUUCAUCAUUCACUGUUGCUUUGUUUGUGUUUAAUCUCUGGCUUCGUGUGCCAAACUCUUAGUACAACAAGCAAAUGUAGCAGCACCACGCUGUGCUUCAGAGUUACUAUAGUGCCUGCUGUAGUUUAACUUUAGUCUCUGCUUUAGCUGAACAGCCCAAUGGAUCAUAUUGUUACAGGGUUUUAUGACUGUAAAGGGACUGUGAGGGAAACCUUUCCUUGUUUCAGUGAAUCCAACACUUACUAUAACUCUGGUUUUUGUUGACAGCUGGCUUUAUGAAUGAAUUGUGGGGGGGUUUCUUGAAGCUGAAGAGAAAUGCUCCUUGAGUUAGUUUUUGGUAGUAGGCAUGGGUCGGUAAAUUUGCAUAAUGUGACAACUUUAUGCAAAAACACUACAAUUUCAAUGUAAUAAACGAGAAUCUAACACAAAAAAAUUUAAUUAUGAUCCGUUUUCUUCAUAUU